AUGUCUUCAUUAGCCAGCUUAAAGUCUAGUGAAGAUGAAGAUAGUCCUCCAUACAUGCUUUUGCCUGAUGUAAGUUCUGAUGAAAUGCACCUCAUUGUUGAGGGUUCUGAAGUUGAUAAAGAUCAAAUCAAACAAGUCAGCGAAGAAAAGGCAGAUACUUCAGCAGAUUUAAAUACCACACAUUCAUCAAAAUGUUGCCUACUAAUUUAA